CCAGUCCUGAAAUAGGAGUUCUUAUGUCAAUGUGGGAUCUUCUCAAGGGCAGAAGAUACAUACAUAUAUAAAUGACUAAAGACGACCAAAUUCACUUCACAAUGAAUUGCAAUCCCGAAAUAGCUGUCGAACAGAGAACAUUGACAAGAAAUUCUUCCCAACACGACGUGACAAAUACAUUUACAAUGGUAAACAUUGCUUCACCCAAGGAAGAUGAUCCGAAAUCACCCAGAAUGUCCGUCGUGUCGAACAUUUCCCAGGAUUCCACAUUUCAACUUACAAUGGACGAACAGUCGAAAGUCGAGAGGGAGAUGAGUAAAAAAGAAGUCCUAGACUUGUCACCCUCUAAAGCAGUAGUAAUAUUCAAAUGGAUCGUUACCAUGAUUUUUGCUCUAAUCGGACUUGGGUUCCUCGUUGGAAGCAGUCUCUCUUUCAUCGAAAUAGCUGCAAGACUUCCAGGAGCAUAUAAUAAAGAAUCGUGCUCCGCAUUUUCAACGAUUCUGCUGAUUCUAUUUGUCCCGAAUGUAUUUAACCUUCUUCGGUCAUUGUGGAACGGUUUGCGCCGUCAUGACAUGCCGUGGCCAAACAAACGAGCGAUCAACUGGAUUUUUUUAACGUCGAUUUUGGAAUCCUUUGGCUUAUGCGUCUUUGCGUUCAAAAUCCUUUCAUUACACCUGUUUGGUGUCAAUGGCCUUCUCUUAUCGACUGCACUGUUCUUCAUAUUCCCAAUAACUUAUAUCUAUCAAUGCCGGCAUCAUUCUGACAACCCUCGCGCUGUGAAAAUCCUUUGUUUUGUUGCGAUUUUCUUCCUAGUGCUAGGGUCACUGAUAUCCUCAAUUGGUGGGCUCAGUUUCAUUUUGAGAAACCUCAAAGAUAUUUGGCUGAUCCCAGCAGCAGUAGCCUGCCUAACGAUAGUUUGGUCGCCUUUAGUGCAGAAACGGUUGAUAAAUGUCAAUGAGAGUAGUCCAAAAGCUGACGUGGAAGAAAAUUCGCCACUCCAUGAUGUAACAGAUAAAGGAGACGUUUUGGUUACUAAGCGACCUCAGGCAUGCUGGAAGUCCGCUAUCAUCUUGUCAGCUUGCCGUUUGCCUUGCAUCGUUGGAUUUUCCUUGUUGUUGCACUUUGUCGACAGUGACAAGUACAAAAACGCUGACGUCAUUGACUCAUUUCGUGCGUCUUUGGACUGGCAUUUUGAACACAUCGAACCCAAAAUGCUAUUCACAAAUCUCCUGUGUACGUUUGGAGGGUAUUUUAUUACAUCAAUUGCCUGUCGUAUCACAAUGCAAAGGGGCGCGUUUGUUCUUCCUCUCGUCUUCGCGACUCCUCUUGUCUUUUCAAUUUUAUCUGUCGAGAGUGCAUGUAAGAAAAUAACAAGCAUUCUACAUCCAGAUAACUUACAUAUGUGUCAGCACGAGAAGCUGAUGUUCAACAUUCCUGCCAUUGUUUGUGUGUUCGUCGCCUUGUGUCUGUCACUAGGAUGGGUCAUAUGGACAACAAAUACAAUAGUCCUGUGCACUGAGGCAGAGAUCUUCUGGCUUCCAACAUUUUCUGGUAUACUUCUUAUGGAAUGGCUUUUGCUAUCGAGACGUAAUCGGCUAACUGAGCAACGGGAAACUCCAAAGUGUGUGGCAAAGAAAAUAAAAGUAUACAUAUGUACAACAAUGUAUAGAGAGACGAGAAAUGAGAUGAAACAAUUACUGAAAUCCAUCAACCGGAUACAGAAGACCUACUCUGACAAGUAUUACGAGUCACACAUCUUCUUUGAUGGGGGUGUUAAAGAUAGAACACCGACAGAUUUCGCCCUUCAGUUGAUCAGUCUACUACCCGACACUUUGGGCUGUGACGUCGGAUGCUGUAACAGGUUUAUGACGCCGUACGGGAUGAAGCUCACUUGGGAACUUUCCACAGGAGAACCAGGCUUACAUACUGAUAUGCUCAACUCCCGCAAAAUGAAGUUUGCAAUACAUCUCAAGGACAACAGAAAGGUCAAGAACAAAAAACGAUGGAGUCAGAUCAUGUAUAUGUCAUACGUAAUCGAUUUCCUUGUGAAACACAACAACGAUUCAUCCGGAAACAACGAAGUCGACGAUUAUAACGCUUUCAUUCUGACUACCGAUGCCGACGUAGACUUCACGCCAAACUCUGUCGACGCCCUAUUGGAUCUGAUGAUAUGUGACAAUACCGUUGGGGCCGUCUGCGCGCGCACUCAUCCGGUCGGAUUCGGCCCUUUGGUCUGGUACCAAAAAUUCGAAUACGCUAUUGGUCAUUGGUUUCAGAAGGCAGCUGAACAUGUCCUGGGUUCUGUUUUGUGUGCGCCAGGCUGUUUUAGUGUAUACAGAGUAAGGUCGAUCAGAGAUAUCGUCACUACGUACGCUUCAGAGGUAGAAAAGGCUUUUGAGUUUCUUACCAAAGACAUGGGAGAAGACAGGUGGUUCUGUACGCUUUUGGUUCAGAGUGGAUGGAGGAUAGAAUACUGUGCUACUGCAGAAAACUGGACACAUUGCCCUGAGGAAUUCGAAGAAUUUUACAAACAGAGAAGACGAUGGAUCGCCUCAACUAUUGCCAACUUAAUGCUUUUAGUCCAAGAAUGGAAGAAGAUUAGCAUGUUCAAUUAUCGUGUCUCCCUACCAUUUCUCAUUUACCAGGCACUGCUUCUGUUGUCAACGCUGAUUAGUCCAAGUGUCAUCGUACUAAUUGUAUCAGGUGGACUUUAUUACGCCUGGAACCUUGAUGGAAUGUCCACCAUAUUCUUGCAGUGCCUGUUGUGUGUAGCCUUUGCAAUGAUCUGUUUGUUCUUUUCAAACAAUACCCAACUACAGAUAGCAAAAUUCCUGACAUUUCUGUACGCAUGCGUCAUGAUGGCCGUAGCGGUUGGAACGGCCCAGCAGGUGGUGAAAGAUUUAGAAAAUCACUUACAUGGCGGGAAAAUUGAUGCUUCAGAUAUUAGUGCUGAUAUACAAAUCUCCAUGACCAGUCUGUACUUGGGCAGUUUGAUUGUAUUCUUCGUGGUGGCUGGAAUUCUCCACCCGCGAGACUUUAUGUGCCUUUUACAUGGCUUCUGGUACCUAAUGUGUCUGCCAUCUGGUUACCUCAUCCUAAAUAUCUACAGCGUCUGUAACAUCACAGACAGAUCGUGGGGUACACGAGAGGAAAAGGAACCAAUAUCCUUCUCUGACGUUACAAACUGGUAUGAGGUAUUCGGAGAGAAAUUGAAAACCAUCUUUUUUUGUUGCAAGAAGGAGGAGACAUCACAUGCGCAUGAUCCUAACACUUCAUCUACUACACAUCGACACCGUGAUACGUCUCUCUCCGAAACCAAUGAAAAAAUAAAUUCCAACUUCAAGGAAUUGGUCAUUGCUGAAGCAAAGGACGAGCAAAGAACUAAGAAAAAUAUACACUCCGUAGAUCGGGAUACAAAGGAGCAAGCGGCACAUCUGCUACCGGAACCUAUCCCAAUGACAGUAGACCAGUGGCUCGAUACUGACUUCAAGGAUGAAUAUGGACCUCUAUUCAAAAAGCACGGAUUUGAUAAUACUUUGUAUAUCAGUGGGAUGAACGAGAAGGAUUUGAAAAACAUUGGCAUCAGGAAAAAAGCCCAUGUGACAUUUUUGCUUGAGAUUAUUCGAGAUCUCCCAGAAUUCCGUAUCGAAGUCAAAGUUCCGAACAAUGUGAAAGACUGGCUACAUGAUAUAGGCCUUGAACAGUAUUUUGAUAGGUUUGAAAACAACAAAAUCAUCACUGCAAAAGAUUUGGAAGUUCUAAAGUCCUUCUCGCGAAGAGAAAUCGAAACAGAGUUGAAAAUAACAAAAGCAGGUCACAUGGCACGACUUUUGAUGGCAAUCAAGCAUCUUAGAAAUCCGACAACAGAGGAACUUAAACGAAUCGAAGUAAAGCGAGCACUGAAUUCCAUAGCCUUCUUUGAGAUAUCAAUCAUCAAUCCGGACGAGAAUGCUUUCUGGGCCACACUACGAGAUACAUGUCUACAGCCAGGUUCAGCCGCUUUUGGACACACAGAAAUACUCAUGCAAAAACUCGGUGAGUUGAGGAAUAAUUUUUUGAUGACCCUUGCUGUCUCUAAUAUGUUAUGGCUGAUUCUUCUUGCAACGUUGGCUACGAAACUGGAGCUUAAGAUGUAUGGAACUGAUCCAAUAGGAUUGUUGUUCCUGAGUAUCUUCGAAUCCUUGUUUGUCAUCCAAUUUAUCGGUAUGGUAGUACAUCGCGCGAUCACAUUGGGUCACUACUGCGCACGCGCACCAUACAAGUUUGGACAGUCAUACAACCGGUUAAGCGCAUGGAAACUUCGAGAUAUCAAGGUGGAUAUUUCACUGAAUGACAUCAAAGCCGCCCAUAAAAGAGCCAUAAGCUUUGCCAAGGAAGGAAAUGUGAAAAUCAAGACAAUAUUCAGUUCUCCUAUGAGUUUUUUCAAAAGAAAAGAAGCAACAAAAAAAGGAGAAGAUAUGAUGAGUCUCCUGGAACAUAGUUAAAUAUGAUCUACUGAACUGAAAUGAAUAUGUACUGAUAUGACAUUGAACGUGCAUUUCUUCUGUUACAGUGUGGUGUUGAUGUUGCAAUUGCAAUGUAUCCAACAUAUACCGCAGGAUAUGUAUGGUUAUAUCCAGCUCCGACCAUAGCUUGAUGAAUGCUACCUCUACGUGUGAUAUAUAGGAAGGGACUAUUUUCAUUUACAAGAGUUGUCAUAUAUCAAUACGCCUUCUUCUAUCGAUAUUCAUUCCACGUCCCUACACUGAGUUGCUCGAAUGACGUGUAGUGCAAAGGGUAUGAUACUUUAACGUCAUGAUAUUGCUAAAACCUCAGGACAUUUUCAAGAUAUGUAGAA